CGCGGCCUCCUCCCGGCCGCCAUGGCCGCGCCCGCCGCGGGGACCGAGCUGCCCGUGCCCGAAUCAGGUGCUGUUUUCACAUUUGGGAAAAGCAAAUUUGCAGAAGAUAUUCCUAGCAAGUUCUGGUUCAAAAAUGACAAGCCUGUACUUAUAUCAUGUGGAGAUGAACAUACAGCUAUUAUUACAGGGAAAGGUAAACUGUACAUGUUUGGCAGUAACGACUGGGGCCAGUUAGGACUAGGAUCAAAGAACACUGUCAGCAAACCAACGUGUGUUAAAGCUUUAAAACCAGAAAAACCAAAACUUGCUGUUUGUGGAAGAAACCACACUUUAGUUUACACAGAAAAAGGAAAUGUCUAUGCUGCUGGAGGUAACAGUGAAGGCCAGUUGGGAUUAGGUGACACAGAGGAAAGGACCACGUUUCAUUUAGUUGGUUUUUUUACCAACCAGCACAAGAUCAAGCAACUAUCAGCUGGAUCAUACACUUCAGCAGCAGUAACUGAGGAUGGGCAGCUCUUUGUGUGGGGUGAUAAUUCAGAAGGUCAGAUUGGCCUGGCCAGUGAAGCCUCUGUCAGUGUCCCCUGUAAAGUGGAUAUUGGAAAACCUGUUUCCUUUGUAUCCUGUGGAUAUUAUCAUUCUGCCUUGAUUACAGGAGAUGGUGAGCUCUAUACUUUUGGAGAAGCUGUGAAUGGGAAAUUGGGGUUAUUCCCUGAACAGCUGAAGAACAAUAGAGUCCCACAGCCUGUACUGGGAAUUAUGGAAAAGGUUAAUAAGGUUGCUUGUGGUGGAGAACACACCGUGGUGCUGACAGAGACAGAUGUUUAUACUUUUGGACUUGGACAAUAUGGGCAGCUGGGACAUGGAACUUUUGUGUUUGAAAGUUCAGUACCGAAGCCAGUGAAACGCUUGAAGAGGCAUAAAAUACGUAACAUUGCAUGUGGGGAAAAUCACACUGCUGUGAUAGCAGAGAAUGGCCUCAUGUUUACUUUCGGAGAUGGACGACAUGGCAAGUUAGGAUUUGGAGAAGAGAGCUUUACAAAUCUGUUUGAUCCCACUCUGUGUUACAAUUUCUUGAAGUUCACAGUCCUUUUGGUUGCUUGUGGGGGUUGUCACAUGCUGGUUUUUGCUGCUCCGAGACCUCAAGGAUCUGAAGUAAUCUUGGAAGAUUUAUAUGAGCCUUGUUUGACUGCUACUAUCUCUAAAAUGAGCGGGGACUUUGUGCUAGCAAACACUUUGCAAUUAUCAGCAGCACGAAUACGACGUCGAGAGAGGGAAAGGUCGCCAGAGCAGUUUGUUCGAAUGGCACAAACUCUGCCUCCAAUGGGAGAAAGCUUCUUAAGAUCUUCAUUGCCUGUGACAAGCAACACCAGCCCAAUCUGGUUUUCUGCAACAAGUCAUCCUAGAUCUGCAUCUGUGAGGGAUGGAGACCAUGAAAAAGAAAAUAAUCAUCAAAAAGAUAAACCUGGUGAAGUUUCUUCAGAACAAGAUUCAGAUAAUGAAAAUAUUGACAGAAACCUUGGGGAUACAACUGACAUCCUAAAUAUGACACAUGCAAUGAAGUUGAGUCCUGGUGACUGGUCCUUAAGAUUAUCACCACUGCAAAAGCAGAAGAAAGGGCAUACCAAUGAGUGCAUCAGAAGAUUUCCAAACGAGGAAGGUAAGAACAAUAAAAAUGUGAAACUGAAAAGAGAUGGUAAGGGUGGGCUGAAAAACAAGGAUUCUGAUUUCACAAAGAAGGGCUCAAUGUUGGAAUCUGGCUCUUCACAAAAGCAGUCUCCACUUUCAGAGUCACCUGGACAAGAUUUAGAAAAGAGUAGUGCCUUUGUAGGGAAGCCUAUGGCCAGAAAAAGUAUAAAGAAAGGUAAAUCGGAGUAUGCACAAAGUGAUACCACUUUGAAAAAUGGUGCUCAAGAAAUUACUGAGGACAAAGAUAUAUUAGUGAAAAGGGAAAAAGGGUAUGUGGAAAAUCCUGAAUUUUUCAGAGAGGAUGCAACAUAUAAUCUUCCCAGUGAAAAUCAAAUUCUGACUGAAAAAAUAAAUUCUUCUAAUAAAAAGCCAAAAGCUGUUAAAUCUAAGCAAUCCCUUAAAAUAGAGGUACUUCCUUCUGCUCCCAGGGAUCAGCCCCAGACUGAUUCAUUAGUUGUGCAAGAAUACAGUCCUGUUAAAAAGCAAGGGAGUCAAACAACAACAGAAAGUCAAAACAAAAUAAAGGAUGGUGUUGAAAAAUCUGACAAGUCUGAAAGAAUAAAUGUCACAGGAGAAGAAAGUAGUGCAGAACAGAAGGAGCUUAAAAAAAAGCAUCAGUUUUUGAAACAAGUAUCUGUAACUUCAUCAUCAUCUUCAACUGAGGAAAGUACUAAUGGUAUCCAAAAAUAUAUACUUAAGGAAGAGGUCUGCUUUGAACACAGAGUUGUCCAGAGGUCAAGGAGAACAGUGACACAUCUGGACUUAGAAAAAGACAGUGAGAUUGAGGAGAUGCAAGCUACAAACAAUGAGAAAGAAUAUGUAGAACAGACUGCUUUAAAAAGCCUGAAUGAGGCAGAAACAAGCUCUGAUGCUAAAUCUGAUGAAGUCAGACCAUUAGAAAUUAAGAAUGAGGAGGAAUCUGAUCAGGAGCAGGAGAGUGAAGGCAGUGAAAAGGGUGAAAGUGAAAAAGAAAAACUGGAUGAAACAAUUGACAGUGAAGGUAAACUAGGGGAGGAAGAAGAGAGUGAAGUUAAAAAAGAUAGAGAUGACAUUUCCAUAGAAAAAGAUGAAGAGGAAAAUGAUAAUGAGGAAGAAAAUGAAAGAGAGGAAUCGCAGGCUGGAAGAGACAGUGGGAAUGAGGGUGCAAAGGAGACUGAGGAGGUCAAUCAGCAAGAUGGCAAAGAUCAAGGAGAUGAGCAAGGCAGGUUGAUGGAGGAAGAAGAAAUGGUGAGUGAGGGAGAAAGUGAGGAUAUGGAGGAGAAAUAUGAGAAAGAGGAAGGCACUGAAAAAGAAAAAGAAGAACAGGUUAAAAGUGACGUAAGAGAUGAGAGUGAGGAAGAAGGGGAAGAUGGAGAAGGACAGGAAGAAAAAGAGGUAGAGACAGAAGAGGAAGGGGAAGAAGAAAAGGAAGAUGAAGAAAAUAAAGAGAGGGAGAAUGUAAAAGACAAAGAGGGUGAAGAGGAGGAUUCUGGAGAUUCAUUGGCAGGGAGGGAAGAAAAGGUAUCUGAAGAAGAACAGGACGAGGAAGAUGCAAAUACAAAAACUAAGGAAGUGGGUGAGGAUGCAGUGGAAGAAGGAAAAGAUGGGGAGGAUGAAGUGGAAGAGGAAAGAGAAGAUGAGAAACAGGAAGGAACAGAGGCAGAAGCAGAAGGGGAGGAGGGGGAAGAUGAAAAGGAAGAAGAGGAGGAAAAUGAAGAGGAAGGGGGAGAUAAAGACAAGGGAGAUGGAGCUGAGGAGGAUGAAGAAGAAGGGGAAGAGGGGGAAGAAGAAAAAGGGGAAGAGGGUGAGGAGGAUGAAGAAGAAGGGGAAGAAGAAAAAGGGGAAGAGGGUGAGGAGGAUGAAGAAGAAGGGGAAGAGGCAGAAGAAGAAAAAGUGGAAGAGGGUGAGGAAGAUGAAGAAGAAGGGGAAGAGGGGGAAGAAGAAAAAGGGGAAGAGGGUGAGGAGGAUGAAGAAGAAGGGGAAGAGGCGGAAGAAGAAAAAGUGGAAGAGGGUGAGGAGGAUGAAGAAGAAGGGGAAGAGGAGGAAGAAGAAAAAGGGGAAGAGGGUGAGGAGGAUGAAGAAGAAGGGGAAGAGGAGGAAGAAGAAAAAGGGGAAGAGGGUGAGGAGGAUGAAGAAGAGGAGGAAAAAGAAAAAGAUAAAAGGAAGAAUUAUAGCAGUAAACUUCCAGGAAAGAAAAGCAAGCCCAGGAAGCCAGAAAAGACAGAAAGUACUGCUUUACCAAACAGCUCUAAACAAAACAUGAAAUCCAAACGUCAUAUAGCAAAUGGUUUACAUAAUUCAGAACAAUUUUGGAACAAUGUGCUACCUCAUUAUUUAACACUAAAGUAGCAUAGACUACUGGAGAUGCAUUUUAAGCCUAUUCAGGAAACAGAUUGAUUUUUAUUACUUAAAAGAAACUUUUCAUGUAAUCAAAGCAUACUAUUAUGCAUAUGAUGUAAGUG